CGCAUUCACCUCCCGCUUCCGAAAUUCAGAAACGCAAUUCCUCCAAAUUCCCUUGUUCAACCCUCGUUCUACCCCAAAUUCAUACCAUUCUUCGCUGCUGUCGUCGCUCCGUCACGGUUGCGCCGCCGUCACUCCUCCUGCUCACGCCGCCGUCGCGCUCUGUUGCUGCCGUGCAGCUGUCGCUCCUCACAUUCGCGCCACCGUCGCUUCUCGUGCUUGCGCUGCUGCCAUGCCGCCGUCGCUCCUUCUCUCUGUUGCCGCCGUUGCUCCUCCUUCUCCGCUCUCUCUUACGCGUCUUCUCUCUCAAUCGAGCUCACAAAAAUUAGAUUAAAUAUUCUCCAGCUUGAUGCUUAUUUGGACUGCUGUCUAAUUCUUGCAGGUGAUUAACUUAAGAGGAGCUGAACAGAUGUAAGCUACUAUUCGAACUUUGAACUCUAUAUUGAAGUGUUGCUAAUCUUGGUGGUGUUCAUGCUUUUUGAUGUUUUUUAGUUUCAUUUAAGCCAAAUAUUUUAAUUAGAGUUCUAUUCAUGCUUGCUGGAGUGAUGGUUCUCCAACUCAUAUCGUUUCCACCAUCUCUGAUGACAGAGGUGAGGAGCCGUGCUAUGCUGGUGUUCCCAUGUCUUCCAUUAUCGAACAAGGUUUUGGUGUGGGUGAUGUUAUCUGUCUUUUGUGGUUCAAAUGCAACCUUCCUCGCUAUUGCACUCAAUUUAUUGAGAUAUGCAUCAUUCUAUGUGCCAACCAUGGUCCUUGUGUUUCUGGUGUUCACAAUGCCAUAGUGACAGCAAGUGCUAGGAAGGACCUUGUCUCUUGUCUUGUACAGGUAUUACAGUGUUCAGUCUCUUUACUGCUGAGGAGUGCUGUUGAUGAUGCUGCUCGCUACUUCAAGGAUGCUUGUGACAGGAGUCUUACACCUUAUGAGUUUGUAGAAAGUAUGAAGAAGAAAGGCAUUCGUGUGCCAGGAAUAGGGCACAGCAUAUACAUUUGAAGCAGCUUUCUUAAAAGAUUCCCUCUCUCUCUGGUGCUGCAAAGUUAGGGUUUCCUAUGACCAGGUACACUACCCUUUUCAUUUCUUCAAUUAUUGCUUGCUGUAAUUUCAGCUCAGGUAUUAGCAAUUGCCAACUUCUGCUUAUUCUUCAUGUGUUGAUUGCUUGCUUGAUUUCUUGUUAGCUAGUUUUAAGUUUGUUGGAAUUUGAAAUUCGGUUACUGAUUAAGCAUUUUGUUACUAGCUGAUUCUGUUUUCUGGUUUAGCUUCUUGGAGCUUAGUUAGUUUUCUGCUUCUUUGUGAAGUAUGAGGAAUCAUCAAUAUUAAAAGAAUAUUCAGUUUUCUGCUACCGAACUCAAGAUUCUGAUAUACUCUUUUGCAAUAUUUGAUAUUUCUAUGCAGCAUUUCACAGUGGGAACUGUAGUGGUGUGGGUCAAUAGAGUUCUCAAAGGGAGGAUGAUUCUGACGAUUUUGAUGACUUAGAUAAUUAUUUAGACGAGUAUGAGUAGGUUAUUUAAUUACUUUACUUUGAAUAUUUUAUAUUAUUAGUAGAUUGCAAUUUAAACGAAUAUAAGUCUAAGUCUAGUUAUUUAUCUUGUCUUGAGUCUUUAUGUUAGAGGGUUAUUUAUUAUUUUGAUAAGUUUGUAAACUCAU